UCUAUUCUGUGAUCGUGCUAGUACCUAACUACCUAUUCAAUGCUAAUAGUAUUUUUAAUUACUAACAAAUACUGUUCAUAUAUUAUUAUGUUAUAUAUCUUUUAUAAUAUAUGUUUCUAAUUUCCAACAUUUAAUAAGUAUCAUCUUUUGAUUUCCUAUGAACAUAUUAAAAGUAAAUGUACUGUCUCUAUUAUUUUUACUGUUUACAUUAUCCAAUUUGCCAGGCUAAAAGUUCUAUAGCUUUAAAAAGUAAGAGUUGAAUCAGGAAACCAGCCAUGGGAAAGAGGCAAAAAUGCAAAAGACAAACUCGUGGUUUGUAUGGAGGCCUUGGUGAAACUUCUGCUAGUAUGUGCAGACCAACUAUUUUAAGUAUACUUGUGCUUAGUGAUAUGGUUGAUAUAAUUAUUGGUCGAUGUGAUUCUACAAUUAAGGAAAUUAUGGAACAGACGAGUGUCAGGAUCAAUGUUAACGAAAUUUUUGGAAACUUGGAAAAAGCUAUUACAAUCUAUGGUACUCCAGAAAAUUGCACUAUUGCAUGUCGAAAGAUUUUGGAAGUUGUGCAACAAAAAGCAAUCUACACUAAUAAAAGCGAUGUGAUACUAAAGAUCUUAAUUCACGAGAAUCGAAUAGGUUUAGCAAUUGGAGAGGAGGAUAAUAUAAUCAGGAAUAUUAUGUCUGAGACUGAAACAAAAAUUAAUGUGUAUAGCAAUGUCGACAUUACAAUCAACAACAUCAACUACAAAAGCAUAUGUACAGUUGAAGGCUCAAUUGAAAAUGUAUCUAAAGCAGAGUCUCAAAUUAGUGCAAAGAUUGGACAAAGUUUAGAAAAAUAUCUACAACCCAUGGCUAAUUGUGUUCCUAGUGCCAUUCCUGUUAUCAGAAAUAAACAAACAGAGUCCAUGUUAUGUAUACUAGUGCACAGUGAUAUUGUUGGUGUAAUUAUUGGUCGAGGCGGUUCUACAAUUAAAGAAAUUAUAGAGCAGACAAGUGCCAGGAUCAUUGUUAAUAAAAGUGAUAUUGUUGGAUCCUUGGGAAAACCUAUUGCAAUUUAUGGUACUCCAGAAAAUUGUACUAAUGCAUGUCGAAAGAUUUUGGAAGUCGUGCAUCAAAAAGUAACCUACACUAAUAAAAGCAAUGUGAUACUCAGGAUCUUAAUUCAGGAUAAUCUAAUAGGCUUAAUAAUUGGAGAAGAGGGCAAUACAAUCAGGAAUAUUGUGUCUGAAACUGAAACAAAAAUUAAUGUAUUUAAAAUUAACAACAUUACAAUUGAUGACAUUAACUACAAAAGUGUAUGUGCAGUUGAAGGCUCAAUUGAGAAUAUAUCUAAAGCAGAGUCUCAAAUUAGUACAAAGCUCCGACAAAGUUUUGAAAAAUAUUUACCAGACGUUGCUGGUUGUCAGAUACAUGUUGAACUAGUCUCAGAAAUGAGGAAUUUUAGUAAAAUGGAAAUGGGACUUCCAAAUUUUUCGAAUUGUGUUCCUGGUGCCAUUCCUGUUAUAAGAAAUAAACAAACAGAGUCCAUGUUAUGUAUACUAGUGCACAGCGAUAUGGUUCAUGCAAUUAUUGGCAACUGUGGUUCUAAAAUCAAGGCAAUUACACAACAGACAAGUACCUGGGUCCAUGUUCAACCAAAAGACAACUUUGUCAAUAUUGAACAAGCUAUAAUAAUUAAAGGUAAUCCAGAAAAGUGCACCAAUGCAUGUCUCAAAAUGUUGGAAGUUUUUCAAGAGACCAACACUUGUAGUAGUGAUGUAAUACUAAAGAUCUUAAUCCCUGAUAACCUUAUUGGUAUAAUUAUUGAAGAGGAGGGUUAUACGAUUAAGAAAAUUAUGUCAGAGACUGAAACAAAAAUUAGUGUAUCUAGCAUUACUGGCAUCACAAUUGACAGUUUCAACUACAAUAGAAUAUGUAUGGUUGAAGGCUUAAUAGAGAAUAUAUCUAAAGCAGAGGGUCAAAUUAGUGCAAAGCUCAGACAAAGUAUUGAACAUUUUCUACAAUCCGUGGAUGUAAAAGUUGAACCAGCCUUGGAAAUGAGGAAUUUGUGUGAAAUAGGACUUACACGUGUCUCGCAUGUAGGUCCCAAGACCAUUCCUGCUAUUGAGAACAGAGAGUUCACGUUACGUAUACUUGUGCAAAGCAAUAUGAUUUCUGUAAUUAUUGGCAAACGUGGUUCUACAAUCAAGGAAAUUACACAACAGACGAGUGCUAGGAUUCAUGUUGAUCAAAAAGACAGUGUUAGCUCUACAGAGAAAGCUAUAACAAUCAGAGGUAUUCCAGAAAACUGCACUAAUGCGUGUCGCAAAAUUUUGGAUGUCAUGCAAAAAAAAAAUGCGGCUACCACUUAUAAUAGUGAUGUGAUACUGAAGAUCUUAGUUCAUGAUAAUCGAAUUGGAGCAAUAAUCGGACAGGAACGUAAUACCGUCAGAAAAAUUAUGUCAGAGACUGAUACAAACAUUAUUGUACCUAGCAUAACUGACAUCACUAUUGAUAGCUUUAAUAAUGAAAGAAUAUUUACUGUCGAAGGCUCUGUAGAGAAUAUAUCUAAAGCUGAGGCUCAAAUGAGCGCAAAGCUCAGACAGUGUUUUGAUAACAAAUCUCACUACAAAUUAAUCAGAUUAGUAAAAUCUGAAAUUACAAAUAAGAAGUAUAAAUUGAUGAUAGUGGGUCAUUCAAAAGUUGGGAAAAGUUCCAUAAUCAAACGAUACUGCAAAGAUGUAUAUACAUUUACUAAGCCCACUAUAGGUAUGGACAUUCAACAAAUAUUUGUCAGAUUUAAUAAAGAAACCAUCAACUUGGAAAUUCGGGACACAUCUGGAACAGAAAAUUAUCAGUCUUUAGCAAGUUCGUAUAGAGGAGCCCAUGGUGUAUUUAUUGUCUAUGAUAUUACAGAUUUUGAUUCUUCAUUUAAACUAGAUAGAUGGAUAAAAGAUAUUGAAACUUUUUCUGAUCCAGGUACAGUGAUAAUGUUGAUUGGUAGUAAAUGUGAUGAUACGUCAAACAGAAAGAUAUCCAUUGAAGAAGGACAAAAAAUAGCAGAAGUCUAUAGAAUUCCAUUUUUAGAAGUAUCUUCCAAAACCAAUGUAAACAUCGACAAGUUGUUCUAUAUAAUGAUUUCAAGAAUACAUAACCUCCAGCAACAGCCUAUAAACAUAAAAAAAGAGUUAGAGCAUAUGUAUGUCACAAACAAACCAAAGUUAGAUUCUGACGUAAAACCAAAUGCAAUACCAGUACUGACGCUGUGUUCUACAAUGGAAAAAGAAUUACCUGAUACCUUAAACAUUGAGCACAAUUAUAGAGAACAAUACAAGUUGAUAAGAGUAGUAAAACCUGGAACGUCAAGUAAGAAGUUUAAGCUGAUCAUAGUAGGUCACUCAAAUGUUGGGAAAAGUACUAUAAUUAAUCAUUUCUGCAAUGGUGUAUACCAAGAUACUAUACCAACCACAGGUGUUGACUUUCGAGAGAUAUUUGUCAGAUUUGAGAACAAAACCAUCCACUUAAAUAUUUGGGACACAGCUGGGACAGAAAAGUAUCGCUCUUUAGCUCAACAAUAUUAUAGAGGAGCCCAUGGUAUAUUUAUUGUCUAUGAUAUUACAGAUUUAAAUUCUUCAUUUAAACUAGAUGAUUGGAUAAAUGAUGUUAAAAAUUUUUCUGAUUUAAAUGCUGUGAAAAUUUUGAUUGGUAAUAAAUGUGAUGAUACAUUAAACAGAAAGGUUUCUGUCAAAGAAGGACAAGAAAUAGCAAAAAAGUAUGGAUUUCCAUUUUUUGAAGUGUCUUCCAAAAUCAAUGUAAAUAUAGACAAAUUGUUGUAUACAAUGAUUUCAAGAAUACAUGACCUCCAGAACCAGCCUACAGACAUUAAAAAAGAGUUAAAUGAUAUAAAUGUCACAAACAAACCAAAUACAACACCAGUGCAGUGCCCUAUAAUGAGGAUUAAACCAGAAACGCCAAACCAUAAGUAUAAACUGAUCAUAGUUGGUAACUCAAAUGUUGGAAAAAGUACUAUAAUUCAUCACAUCUCCAAAGGUGUAUAUAAAGAUAAUAUUUCUGACACUAAAGGUAUGGACUUUCAAAAAAUAUUUAUCAGCUUGAAGAACAAAGCCAUUGAAUUAAAUAUUUGGGACACAGCUGGGGCAGAAAAGUAUCGCUCUUUAGCUCAACAAUAUUAUAGAGGAGCCCAUGGUAUAUUUAUUGUCUAUGAUAUUACAGAUUUAAAUUCUUCAUUCAUACUAGAUUAUUGGAUAAAUGAUGUUGAAGAUUUUUCUGAUUUAAAUGCAGUGAAAAUUUUGAUUGGUAGUAAAUGUGACGAUACAUCAAACAGAAAGGUUUCGUUCAAAGAAGGACAAGAUAUAGCAAAAAAGUAUGGAUUUCCAUUUUUUGAAGUGUCUUCCAAAAAUAAUUUAAAUAUAGACAAUUUGUUGUAUACAAUGGUAUCAAAAAUACAUGAACUCCAGGCCCAACCAACCCCUGUACAAAACCCUCAGCCAAAUGAAGACCUGAUAAUACUGGCGAGGUCUAACAGUCCCUUACUUAAAAAAAAAUCUUCUGGAGGUUGUGGUUGUUAAUCAGAGAUAUUCAGAAUAGUUUUAAGAAUUAUAUUAUAUUGUGCUAAGUUAUGAAAAUGUAAAAUAUUUUAUUGAUUAAAUAAAAUAUGAGUUGAUGCA